AUGGGCUGCGACUCAAAAACAAGCUGUGAGGGUUGCUCAUGCGACGCCCCGCAAUCACCCAUCAACAUCGAGGAUUGUCAGCAAGAACUCCUGGCCUUGAGAAAACGUACCCAACAACUAGAGUCUACACUAGCAGAGCUCAAGAUCCACGGCUCGUUAAAAAAGAAGUCUUCAUCCCCUCGCGAACUCCGUUCCCGCAAAUGGUUCGGUCCAGAAGUCAACCCAUCCAUGGGCGCCAUCUACAUCGAGCGAUACCUCAACUACGGCAUCACACAGGACGAACUUACAUCCGGCAAACCAAUUAUCGGAAUUGCUCAGUCCGGAUCCGAUCUCGUUCCCUGUAACAGAUAUCAUCUAGAACUGUCCAAACGGAUUCGUGAGGGGAUUCGUGAAGCCGGUGGUAUCGCAUUCGAGUUUCCUAUCCAUCCGAUCCAGGAGAGCUCGCGACGACCGACGGCUUGUUUGGAUAGAAAUUUCGCGUAUCUAGGACUUGUGGAGAUUAUGUUUGGGUAUCCGUUGGAUGGAGUGGUGUUGUUGACGGGAUGUGACAAGACGACACCUGCGUGUCUAAUGGCUGCUGCUACAGUGAACAUCCCUGCAUUAGUUUUCAAUGUCGGACCGAUGAUCAACGGCUAUCACAAAGGUGAAUUGUCCGGCUCGGGUAUGGUAGUCUGGAAAGGUCGUGAACUGCUGGCGGCUGGCGAAAUGACUCGUGACGAGUUUAUCGAGUAUGCCGCAACUGGAGCACCAUCUGCUGGCCAUUGCAACACUAUGGGAACAGCAUCCACCAUGAACGCCCUGGCAGAAGCGCUCGGAAUGGCCCUCCCCGGUUCCGCAGCCAUCCCAGCCCCCUACCGCGAACGACCUCAAUGCGCCUAUGAGACAGGCAAACAGAUCGUCGAGAUGGUCCUCACAGACCGAAAGCCAAGUGACAUCAUGACCCGCGAAGCAUUCGAGAACGCAAUUAUCGUCAACACAGCCAUCGGAGGCAGCACCAACGCUCCUAUUCAUGUCACGGCUAUUGCCAAGCAUAUGGGUGUUGAUCUCUCGGUCGAAGAUUGGGAUACAGUCGGAUAUGAAGUUCCAUUACUACUCAAUAUGCAACCAGCCGGUGAGUAUUUGGGUGAAGAAUACUUCCGUGCAGGCGGUCUUCCAGCUAUUAUGGCUGAAUUACUUGAUGCCGAAAAACUUCAUCCGGAUGUCCUCACCUGCAACGGACGUACAGUUGCAGACAAUGUCCGAGGCAAGCAUUCAUGGGACCGCCGCGUGAUCCGCGAAUACAGCAAGCCAAUGCUUGAAAAUGCGGGUUUCCGUCACUUGAGCGGUACACUCUUUGACUCAGCCGUGAUGAAAACAUGCGUUAUAUCCCAGGAGUUUCGAGAACGAUUCCUUCAAAAUCCGGAUGAUCCAGACGCCUUUGAAGGGCCUGUUGUCGUCUUUGAUGGUCCUGAAGACUACCAUCGACGCAUUGAAGAUGAGACGACCCCUAUUGAUGACAAGACCCUGUUGAUUAUCCGUGGCACGGGUCCAUUGGGAUAUCCCGGUGCCGCCGAAGUGGUAAAUAUGCACCCACCCGGCCGACUUUUGAAAAAGGGCGUUCAAUCCUUGCCGUGUAUCGGCGACGGUAGACAAUCUGGCACAUCGAGUUCGCCAUCAAUCUUGAAUGCAAGCCCCGAAGCAGCAGCGGGCGGAAAUCUUGGUAUUUUGCAGACCGGAGAUCGGGUCAGGGUUGAUCUCCGCAAGCGACGGGUGGAUAUAUUGAUUCCGGACGAAGAAAUUAAAAUUCGACAAGACAAACUCAAUGCUGAAGGAGGAUAUCAGGGGCCGGAGAGCCAAACUCCGUGGCAAGAGAUUUUCCGAAAGGAGACUGAUCAGCUUAGUCAAGGGAUGGUUUUGCGGGAGGCGUUGAAGUACCAACGACUUGCGCAGAAGUGGGAUGAGCCGAGGCAUAAUCAUUAG